CCCACCUCCCCCGUCCCUACGGUGGCCGCGGAGUCGUUCGCGGCAGCGCGUCGUGUCGCGUCGCUCCCACCGCUCCGCGGCCGGCCCGGACAGGCGGUGAGGCGAGAGGAGCGGCGCGGCGGCUAUGUCCGAGAGUGAGCAGGCCCGGCGAGGCCCUAGCCCGCCUUUCCGCCGGCAAACCGGGCUCUGGGCCGGGCCCUGAGCCGCCCUUGGCCCGGGAGCGGGGUGAGCCCGCGGUAGGUGCUGAGGAGCCGGCGAGGCCCGGAGCUGCCCCGGCUGAGGAUGGGGAUCCUCUUCACCAGGAUCUGGAGGCUGUUCAACCAUCAGGCAUCCAGCCCCACCUCAGAUCUUCUUUUCCACUGAUUUCCUAACGUCCACUAUGCUGGCAACAUCACACCAGAAACAAAAGUUCCUAGUUAUGUGGGGUCAGAGCACAAAGUAAUCAUUGUUGGUCUGGAUAAUGCAGGAAAAACAACCAUUCUUUAUCAAUUCUCCAUGAAUGAAGUGGUGCAUACCUCACCCACUAUAGGGAGUAACGUGGAAGAGAUAGUGGUUAACAACACACGCUUUCUGAUGUGGGAUAUCGGAGGGCAGGAGUCUCUUCGGUCUUCAUGGAACACCUACUAUACAAACACUGAGUUUGUGAUAGUUGUUGUGGACAGCACAGACAGAGAGAGAAUUUCUGUGACUAAAGAAGAACUGUAUAAAAUGUUAGCACAUGAGGACUUAAAAAAAGCAGGUUUGCUGAUCUUUGCUAACAAGCAGGAUGUCAAAGAGUGUAUGACAGUAGCUGAAAUAUCUCAGUUUCUGAAAUUGACUUCAAUUAAGGAUCACCAGUGGCACAUUCAGGCAUGCUGUGCUCUAACUGGAGAGGGACUGUGCCAAGGACUUGAAUGGAUGAUGUCGAGACUUAAGAUCAGAUGAUUUUUAAUGACCUCUUUGCACAGACUUUGCUUAAAAAGAGCUGUACCCAGGAUUACCUUCACAGUGGCAGAAUUAAUGGGUUAGAUGUAUUUAUACUGAACUGACUUCGACUUUAUUUUCUACAUAGAUGCACACACACAUACCUGUAUAUAAAUUAAGACCAUUCAGCAAAAGAAAGAUGCGGUUAUCGCUCCUGUUUGAUUUCUGGUUUGUUUUCCUCUGAAGAUGCGUUAAAAGCUCUGAUCAACCUUCUUUGCAAGAUACAGCCACUUGGAAUAAUCCAAUGUUGAGCAUGGCAAAGAUGAAGUGAGAGGAAGGAGCUUUUAAUUUUGAGUUUUAUUAUUCCAUUGUAGUCCUCUCGAGUUGAAGAUGUUGGCUUCAUUAUUCCAGUAAAUUAGCAAGCAAAUCAAUGGCAUAGAUAUCAACUUUCCAGUAUUUUUAAGGUUACUGAUGUUACAAAUGCAAAAUAUUUUCCUGUAUGUGUACUGUACAUAUUUGUGUAUAUUUAUACCUCAAUUUUAGGUUAAUUGCAAUCUGUUCAGACCAGUGUGUAAAGCUGAAUCAGUAUGUUGACAGUAAUACUAAUACUUGACAUUGCCAACAUGUCACAAGUUCUUUUCCUUUGUUAUCUGUAUGGCUGUAGCAUCCAUCAGGCAGUUGGCUCACCACAACUUUAUAAAGAAAACUUUCUCUUAAGACCAUUGCUCAUUUUUCAGUUAGGGAGGCUGCUGUAAUGGAUUGGGGCAUAUAGACUCUGAGCUGCGAGUUACAGUGUCAGCAAACAGUGAGCAUUUGCCAAAGAGUUUAAAAUGAAAUGGGGUUUUUCUUUUUCUUUUUUUUUCCUAUGGCAGUCAUAAUUGGAUUUGGUGAUUCCAAGAAGUGCAUGUCAUGCUGUCCUAUUGCUGUCCUAUGGUACUGCUGCUCUUUUUUUGCAGUGCUGGUCAUUUAUGGUUCAAGUCUAGUAGGAGUACCUUUAGCUGUCAUAAAGGGAAAAAUACCAUCUUUUUUUUUUUUCUUAACCAAAGAAGAGGCACAAAAGUAUGUUUAAAAGUACCACUGGAAUCUUAUAAACCAAGUCACAAUCUGUAUUAAGUAUUUUUCUGAGGAAGGCAUGCUUUUAUAGCAUAAAAUCUAUAUACCUAUCUAUAUGCAAUGGAUGGAACUGGGAUGGGGAACAAAACAGAUGACACUACUUGAAAAGCUGUAAGUGACCCAUUCAUUGUGUUCCCACAGAAGUUCCAGGGCAGUACUUCUUGAAAAUAAAACUUUCUUGUGUGGUCCCCAGGUGAGUUACAAAGAAGCAUCAGAGCACUAUGUGGUUAUCUUCCUGUAGUACCUGAUGGGACGAUGUCCAUAUGAAGUUGUUUAGCAUUCCUUUUUUAAAGGAUACAGGCUUUUCAGUGGGAUGGGAGUUGGAUGGUUUGAAAUGUUAUCAGUAUUGUGAAGGUGCACAUAGCCUUAGCCAUAGGCUUUUUUAUGUUGGAGAUGGAUGUUUGGGGAAUGUAGCAAAAUGAAAUAAAACUUUGUUUAAAAUGUCCUUCCCUUUGCUCACACAUCUGAUAAGGAUGAAAAAGAUAUUUUAAAGAAAAAGCUUAGUUUGAACUUUUUAAGGUGCUUAUGUUUGGUUACGGGAUAAUACAGUCAGUGCACCUGCCUUCUCAUUUGCCUCCUUCACUGCAGGUCAUGUGGGGUAUCUGUGGGGAAAAGAAGGGAGGACAUUUCAAAAGUUUCUGUUUAACAAAGGCAGGUAAAGAACUUUUUAAUAUAUUUAUCUCUUUAUGAUGCUCAUUGGCUAGGGAAUCUGCUGUCUUUGGCAAACAUUUUAAUGUGUACAUGCAUAUAUUUAUAGUGCAUGCACAUAGAUAUUGGUAUUUAACUGGUGUAUUGCAAAAUGUAUAAAUGUUUGAAGAAACAACAAUGCAAAGACUUUCUCAGUUUAUCUGAUAGUAUCUUCAAGAAAUGAGCUCUGUGCACACUUGCAAAUGAAAUGGAAUUGUACAUUUUCUAGUCUUAAAAAAGAAAAAGCAGACUUGCUUAUAAACCUAAGUGUUUGUUUUUUGAGUCUUAUGUCUUCUGUUUCAUCCCUUUAAAAUACUUUGCUUUAGUAGUGUUAAAUACUGCAUACUUAUGUCUGAAUCAUAGAAUCACAGCAUGCUUUGGGUUGGAAGGGGCCUUAAAGACCAUCUAGUUCCAGCUCCCCUUCCAUGGACAGGGACACGUUUCACUAGACCAGGUUGCUCAAAGCCCCAUCCGGUCUGCAUCCAGUCUACGCAGGUUGUGUGCAUUGAGUUUUUGUUUUUAAGAAAAUGAGUUACUGGAAGAAAAAUCAUGAGGCAGUAUUCUGCUGUUUACUCCCUCGCUUAAAUUUGUAGGUCUUAAUAUGUCCAUGUAGUGAAAGUAUGGUGUUUUUUCAAAGGUAUGGCUUAUGUUGCAACCAGACAUUUUGUUUACACAUAGGCAAACUUACAUUGACUUUUUUUCCCUCUGGGUAACCUGGCCACUUCCACUUUCUCUUUCUGUAACGUCUAAGAUAUUGCAUGGUUCACUUCAUCUUUGUUUCCCAGACCUUAGCAGAGUUGGGAAUAACUGCACGCAUUAAUACCACCUGUUUAAAACAAUGACUUUUGUGCCCUAAAGAGUUUAUAAUCCAAAAAUUAAAUUGUGUGUUGGAUAGUGAACAAUUCAGCCUUAACGCAACUACAAAAAAGCACAUACAAUGAUGAGUUCUUUAUUGUUUUGUGACCCCCCUAGUAUCUUAGAGUGGAUAUGUGCUCUUCAGGAGUUAGAAUUAAGUGGUGGCUGGUACCUGCUGAUGCAUCGCCUGCCUUAUAGCAUUCUUGACAGGGGUUUAGGAAUUGAAGGAAGAUGCCCCUUCAUUUUAAAUGCUGGAUUUGCAGUCUCUAGAGGGAUUCAAAAUCCUCAUUUUGUGUGGUUGGUGUGAUUGUGUGUUUUAAAGAGAGCAAAGCAGAGUGAAAGUGGUAUAGUAUCAUCCAGGCAUUGCGGUGGAAGCUUUUGUAGGAAAGUUCACCUGCCUGGAGGUUCUUCAUGCGAACAAGUGUAUGUUCAGAUACUGACAAGAUGAAUCUUAGAAGAAUAUACAAGUAGGUACCCUCAGGUAGCAUUGUGCUGUGACGGUCCUUUCCUACACACCUCGCCUUUUGUGUAAAGCUAGAAAUGCUUUUAAAUUUAGUCCCCUAGUGGAGCUGGAGAAGAGCCAGCAAACUUCUGAACCCAGAACCCCUUUUCACAUGUGCUUUUUGUUUACAUCUCUUUUUUUCUUCCUGUAGGACCUUUUGCAUUUUUCUCAUAGUUGUGUCCAUAGAAAAGCAAGUUAACUUUGCCUCAGUGCUGCUUUCAGCUUCACUCGUUAUUGUUUGGAAGUGAUUGUUUUACCAUGAGUCAUGACCUUGAUUUGUAUUGCUUUUGUAUUUCCACCCUCUGUGUGUUGUGUUGCCUUUGCUUUCAGCUAAAGCUUAACCUUAGUUAACCUUUGUUCUUCAUGAAGUUCAUUCUUAGGAUAUUCUAAAGAAAAAGGGAAGGGUCUUUAAAAAUGGUUAAGUUUACGCUGCAGAAUGCCAUUUUACUGCCUUUUUUUUUUUUUGCCAUUAAGUCAUAUUUCAACAACUUAAUCCUUAAAACGUUUAUUUUGGUUUAGCAGGUAGUAAGCUUGGUAAAUAAUCUCUAUAAUAUGCUGCCUCUGUGACCUGCAAAUUAUGUAGGUUUUUAAAUUGUGAGGAAAAGCAGAAUAUAGAGCUUGGAAAAUGUGAACAGGGAUCUACAUGGCUUCAUUUUUUUUUUUUUUUCCAGGUGGCUUAAUACCUGUUUUCCUAUGCAUUAUAUAGUAUGUUCUUAGGUGUAGUGGUGUGAAUGUUAAACAUAUCUGAUAGGCACCUUCUACCGUCUAUGCAGCUCAAGUGCCUGAAACUAAUUCAGUGGUCGGGGUUUUUUCUUCCUAUGCUACAACUUCCAUUUUCCCUAAAAUAGAUAUAUUUCUAUAAAGGCAUUUAAAUGUUUGUAAAUUAGUGUUUUUUUCCCCUCCCUACAAACUGCUUUUAACAUGAUUUAUGAUAAUUUGUUACAGUUCUUUCUAUCCUCUGCCUUCCAAGCACUUUUCCAUUUAUCAGGCUUCACAUAGCUAGCUUGCUUUAUAAAAGGAAAUAUGAAAUUCGUCCUUGUAUCAGACUGGUUAGCUAUAAUUUUUUUCAAGGAACUCUCUUUAAAUAACUUACUCCAAGAAUACUUGGCCUUGUAAGCAUCCUAAUGUAAGUAGUUCCUUUUUAAUUGGCUAGGAAAACAUUAUGUUCUUGCGACUGUCAGACUAACUAUAUCUGAAAAACCGUUUUCACUAAUUCCAGUGAAUGUAAUAUUGAGCCUUGAACUGGUACGUCACUGAGCAUUACAGGAUGGGAAUGAUUUAAUGUCAUGAAGAAUGGCACUAAGAAAGAAAAAUAUCUCUGCAUAUAGUUGUGAUAUGUAUUAUAAAUACAAAUGUGACUUAUAAUUGUUGCAGUGAAUAUAUUAAAUGUACAAAAAUGAGAAGCUGUAA